CGCAUCGCGGAAAUGCCUCCUCCAUUACUCGACACAAACUUUGAAGCCUCGACACAGAACGUCACAUCACUAGUCUUUAACAUAGUUCACGAUGGAGAAUAGCUGCUGACAUAAUGUGGAUCCGAAGAUCCUUAAUUGGCCUAUAUGGGGCCGAAAGUCUUUCCGAGUCCUCAGUAAGAAUUUGCAUCUGAAACUGCUGUAUAAACCACACACAGCAGCGCGCAGGCUCAGUCCGCUGCAGUGCUGUUUUGAAGCACAAACAAACCAAGAGUAUAAGCGUGUUCUUAUGCUAUGGUGUUUGGAUGGUUAUACGUGCUGAGAAGCAAAACAAAUCCUGUUUGUCGCGUUUUUUCCUGGAACGUAGUAACUCUGAAAUCCGAGGUGUUUGAACGCAGCAACUGUCAGUAGUUACAGCUGGAGGAAGGCAGGGCGUUUCCCUCACAUACAAACACAAAGUUACAGGAACAACAGUGAGGCGUGUUUGGGAGCUCUGCUUCUUCCAGGGUUACCGGACUUUGUGGCUGCUGUGGUUUAUAAAGGAGGAUGAAGACGUUGCUGUUUCUCCUCCUGAGCGUUUCCCAGCAUGCUCUGGCUGUGGUGGUGGAGGUGAAUGAGGGGGAAAGGUCUGUCCAGCUGCCCUGUCUGUACUCAAGUUUUAUACCUGACAACUCCACAGUGAUGUGGACUCGCAGUGACCUCGAUCCCAAAUCUGUUCACCUACAAGGAGAAAAAGGAGGAGACGAUCUUAGAGGACAAAACCAGCGUUACAGCAGGCGCACAUCAAUGAAUCGUUACGCUUUCAUAAUAAAAGACUUCAGCCUCACUCUGAGGAAACCCACAAAGACUGACAACAGCAACUACACAUGCUCCAUCAGUGCUGGAGGGAAAGAAAGGAAACUCAGAGACAUCCAGCUGAAGGUCAAAGACCAGCAGGUGGAGGUGAAGGUGAGGGAAGGGUCACAAUCUGUCAUCCUGCCCUGCAAAACAAAACCUGACCUGCCCGAGGGCACCACAGUGGAGUGGAUUCGCUCUGACCUCGGACUCAUCACAGUCCAUGAGUAUUCUAACAGAAAUGAUGACCUUAUGACUCAGGAUGAAGUUUACAGAGACCGAACGAAGAUGAAUGAAGACCUGCUGAGAACUGGAGACCUCAGUCUGACCCUGAAACAGCCCACAGAGAGAGACAGUGGAGGAUACAUCUGCACCAUCUACAGGGACAAAGACAUCCUGAGACAGAAAGUAGUGCUACAGGUAGAAGGUCAGUGCUGUAAGUUGAGGUCAGAGGUCAGUUUUCUAGAUAUAGGUCAGGGGUCAGAAAUCUUCCUUUUUUUACGCUUCUCCACAGAACCAUUUCCAUCCUGGGCCAAAGUUUUAGUAGGUCUCCUCAUUCUCCUGGUUGUUCUUGGGGUUUCUGGAGGUCUUUUCUUUCAUUUUCGGCAGUACUUCAUGUCAGGUGAGUGUCUCCUACUACACUACCCAUAAUGCCGAUGGUUAUCAAGUGUCCUCUGGUGGCUCCUUGACUGUGGCUCACACAAACUUGUUCCAGAAGCUGAAAGAGUUGAGAGUUACAAACAGCUGAUACAGAGAGCUGAAGAGAAACUUCCAGGUUUGUUCCAGAAGUCAGAAAACCUCCUUCAGACUCAGUCAUUGAUCAGUGAAACAGCUCCACAACAUGACUUUACUAAACAGUGUGUGUGCUUCACUGCAGUGAUGUGACACAGAGGCUGCAUGUGUACAGAUAGAGCCACCCGUGUAACAAUUUAAUAAAAACGUAUAGAUAACUUCUUAUUUCAUAGUGUAAUCUUCACGUGCUUAAUCCGAAACACUCUCAGUUGAUUCACUCACGAAUUAUAUUCACAGUAUUCACUCGCUGUGUCUUUGUUUCUAGCUUAGCUCAGCUCGUAGCCGACUCAUUAGCAGCAUGGCCUCUUCACCUCUUCACCCCCCUGCAAUUUCCUGCUCAGAUGUGUAGUUAAUCCUCUGCCUUAUCGCCUUUAGCGAUAAUGAUACUUGUAAUAAAUGUAGCCUAUUUGCAACUCUGAAGGCUGAAUUGGAGACUCAGUUUCACACCCUUGAAAACCUGUUGCUAGCCUGGCCACUGUAUCGCGUGUAGAUGAAGGUAGUGUAGGCCCUGCUAACUGCUCCCAGCAGACUGUGCUGAGGAGCCAGGGAAACAGGAUGGCUGGGUGACGGUGAGGAGGAAGGAAAGUCCUAAACAGAAGCCCCAGGUACACCACCAACCUGUUCAUGUGUCUAUCUGCUUUUCCCCACUCUGCAACCUCUGUAAAUACUAAGAUUAAACAUCUUAGUAUUCAUCAUUGACUGAAAAAAAUAAGAACAACCCUAGCUUUCUCUUCAGCACUAUAGCCAGGCAGACAAAACGUCAAAGCACUGUUAAGCCAACUGUUCCUUUAACGUUAACUAGUAAUGUCUUUAUGAACUUCUUCACAAAUAAAAUUUUAACCAUUAGAUAAGAAAUUACUCACAAGGUAGCAGGGAAGGAGGCUAGCCAACUAUCAUAGCUGCAGAAAGGUGCGACAAAGAAGCCUAAGAAGUACAGCAAGCUGUCCAUACCUAAUACCUGUAAUUUCCAAGCAAAGACUCAGACUUGGCCAGCUGCUUGAAGAGGUACACAAGAGAGAUCCAAGGAAGGAGAAUAAACCAGCUGUUCUCCACCGAACCAGCCAAGGUGUACUCUCAGUGGCAGGGGAACAAUAUGGGAACAGCACCACCAAGGAGCAACACUGGAAGUGCAUAUGGGAGAACGAUGCAAUCCAUAAUGGUAAUGCCCUGUGGCUAGUAGAUCUGAGAGCAGACCACAGCAACCUCCCUGAACAGGGUCCAAUAACCAUCACAGUGGCAGACAUCCAAGAAAGGUUCUCUAGUAUGGAGAGUUGGACAGCACCAGGCCCCGACAUGGUUCAAGCCUACUGGCUGAAGAAGCUGACUGCACUCCAUGAGCGUCUGGCAGCACAAAUGAACCAACUUCUAUUCAAUAGAGACACCGAGAAUGGUUAACCAAAGGCUGGACAGUUCUGAUACUCAAAGACCCCCAGAAGGGACUGGUCACAUCCAACUAGCGGCCAAUAACCUGCCUCAGUACCGCAUGGGAGCUCCUGUCAGGCAUCAUAGUGGCUAAGAUGAACAGGCACAUGGGUCAAUACAUGAAUGGGACACAGAAAGGA